AUGGCUAAAGAUAUUGAGAUUUCUACUGCUGAAUCCAACUUUAUUUUAGAAGCUUUGAAGCAAAACAAAAGAUUGGAUUCCCGUGAACUAAAUGAAUUUCGUGAUGUAAAUAUUACUCUAGGUAAAGACUAUGGAGAUGUUCUAGUCGAAAUGGGUAAUACAAAAGUUCAUUGUAAAAUAAGUUGUGAAUUAGCUGUUCCGUAUGAAGAUAGGCCAUUUGAAGGGUUGUUUUAUGUAAGCACGGAAAUUUCAGCAAUUGCUGGUCCACAAUUUGAAAAUAUAAUGAUUAGCAGCAGCGAUGAUGAAGUUUUGUGCAGCAGAAUUAUUGAAAAAGCCGUGAGAAGAUCAGGCGCACUAGAUAUUGAGGGAUUAUGCAUUGUUGCUGGCUCUAAAUGCUGGUGUGUUAGAGCAGAUGUUCAUUUUUUAGAUUGUGAUGGUGGAUUUAUAGAUGCAAGCUGUAUAGCUGUUAUGACUGGACUACUGCACUUUAAAAAACCAGAUACAACCGUCCGUGGUGAACAAGUAACUAUACAUUCACCAGAUGAAAGAGAACCUGUACCUUUAGGUGUUUUACAUAUACCUAUUUGUGUGACCUUUUCUUUUUUCAAUCCAGAUAAAAUGGAGGAAAAUAUCAAAGGUGAUUCCAAUAAUGAAAUUGUACUUAUAGAUGCCAAUUUGAAAGAAGAAAUUUUAAGAGAUGGUACUUUAACUGUGACUUUGAAUAAAAACAGAGAGGUUGUACAGCUCUCAAAGGCUGGUGGUUUGCCAAUGGAUGCGUUAACUUUGAUGGAUUGUUGUCACAAAGCUUAUAAUAUUACUGAAAAGAUAACUGACAAGAUUACACAAAAAAUUAAAAAAGACUCAGAAAAAAGAAAUAAAUUUGCAGCCAUCUUAAGUGCAGAAAAUGAUCGUCUGACUUCAUAG